CAGCGCGCUGGAAAGGAUCGGGAUGGAAAGGCAAGCAGCUCAUUCACUCAUAUGCUUUUUAGAAAAGCGACAGAUUAGGGGGAUAAAUCUUUAUAAGGAGAUUCAAGAGUUAAUAAAUUAUGCUCAGAAUCAGGGUUGUUUCCGAGAUCCGGCUACUGUAUUUAAAGCAGCUGAAUGGAGAAAAUUCUCAGAUAAGAUAUGGGACGCUUUAUCGGGAGAUAAUGGGACAGCAGAAAGGAUGGGAAGGUUGUAUACUGUAGUGAUGAGUGAACUAGUCCGGUACUGGGAUAAGAGGAAGGCAGCCUGCCAGAUCAAUACCGUGCAGGGCGGGAACUUAGAAACUACUUCUAGUUAUUCCGGCUGUCCCCUACCCCCCACAGCGUGCUCCAUUAGCCUACCACCAUCUGCUGACCCAGGGACUAAAGGGCCUAACCCUGUACCUGGGGAAGGGAGACCCACGUGGCCGUCCACACCAUCCAUGCUGCCACCGGCGUGGCCGCCGCCAUGUUGUGGUGGUGGGGCAGGAAGUGACCCGGCAGAGGGAACUGCGCGGGGCGGCCUGGGAGGCCCUAGGCCGGAAGGUGACCCGGCCAGGGUCGUCACCCGGAAGAGAAGGGACAUGUGGGCUGCUAUUGCGCAAGAGUGCGUAAGCUGCGGAGACGCAGAGGGCCUAGAAGCGGUGAAAGAUCUUGCAUGUCCAGUAGUGUUUAACCCAACGCCGCAGGGUGAAAUAGACGCAACUAUUACUGCUCUGGAUUGGAAAAUCUUCGCGCAGCUUCGUGCUACAGUCAGUCAAUACGGAGUCACUAGCGAACCAGUUAAACAGAUGCUAGACAACCUGUGGGGGACACAGCUUCUGUUGCCAGCAGAUUGUAAAGGGCUCCUUUGGAUGUCAGCGAAAGGGACCAAGGUGGCGGUGACUGGAACACCCGAGCCUACACCCAGCGGAGCAGCACCAUUUUGGCUACCUACACCUCUGUCACUGGAUUGGUUGGCUCUGAUUUGGGAGAGCUKGAGACAAAUCUGAGUUGAGUUUGAAGGAAGAGGAUGCCACUGGUAUUCCCAUUUGCCCACGAGAUCUACYGGAUUUGUUAAAGGACUAGCAGAAGAAAUAGAUGAAGAAAGGCUGUCGAUAAACCCGACAAAGUGUCAAACUGUUUUGUUAAGCUGUUUUGUUGUUCUGUUCUUGUUGCUUAUCUUGUUGUUUAUUCCUGUUGUUGUUAUUCUAUUCUUGUUACUCUUGUUAUUGUUGCCAUAUAUAGAGUUUUUAUUGUUGUUAUAUGUAUAUAGUUUUGCCUUCUGAUAUGUUUUACAGUUUUGCUCUCGCAGGUUUUUCAGGCUGACUUGACCCUUCCUUCUUUGCCUUUUUUAAAGAAAAACAGGGGAGAUGUGGUAGGCCAAUCUAAGGCCUGGGCCUGGUCAGGGGAGAGAAGACCCGUGAAUAUUCUGGAACAGUCUGAACGGUUGGCCAGCAGCUGGCAGGUGCUGUAACGGUUCCAGUGGSGCCUGUCUCGAGUACCCUCAUGGCCGUGAGAACCACYAAUGYAACUCUAUGGCAAGGGGAGUCAGCACGCGCCUCCUGCAACGGCAGAACUGCCAUAUAAGGAAUUAUAUGUCGUURGUAAGGGUUUGUGAAYGUUAAGUUACCGUUAUCCCUGUUACAAGAAGCGUUACGUUUAACCGCCGUCACCGUUAGGAACYAGGGGURUAAAAACCCCCAGAUCGCACAAUAAAGUUUGGAGAGAUUGCACAUUCAACCACAUCUACGCRGUCGUUUCUGUAUCUCUCCCGUCUCUCAGCAAAUGACCGCUCCGACAGCACCCCAGGACUCAGUCUCRUUUUCUAGUUCUUUUAAUAAUAGCCAAUUAGGUCUAACAUUAACUGAAUUAUGGUUUAUUAUAUGUAAGAAAAUAACAGAGUAAGGAGUUUGUGGCGAAUUAUAUAUCAUACAGAAAUAAAACAAAAGAAACUAUUAGUACACUAAGUACAACAGUUGAAAAUUCAGCAUGCAAUAAAGGUACCUAUGAGUUCAACUAGCAAAGAAAUAGUACGACUUAGGAUUCUAUGUAUAGCUUACUAAUCUAACUGUCCUCUGAAGGAGAGUGAGAAUUGACUAGUAAGACUUUUACAGAACAGACCUUUUGCACUGUGUUUUCACACUAAUGCAUUUUCAAAUCCAUUGCAUUUUUAACACAGAAAAGAAGGAAUAAUUAGGCAACACAUUUAACACUUACUGUCACACACAUGCCAGCAACUGAGUGCUUUAAUUCAAAAUCACAGGAGAAUUUUCAGAAAUACAGCCUUUUCCACACUUCCGCAACAUGGAUGGGAGAGAAAAUUUUAUCAUUGUAUUUGGUUACAUCAGUUCUAAACAACAUUUUGAAACAAAUGAGUAAACUGAAAAAUAAGGCAAUACUCUCAUUCUAUUUGUGUUCCAUCACUUUUAGUAUUUAUGAAAAAAGUUUAUUAUAUUGAACACAAAAUGAGCAAGGAAUAUUUCAGUGAAAAAAGCAGCAUGUACCAUAUGAAAUUUGAUAUUACAUAGAAUGCACUCAAAGCUGACAUCAGUAAUGAAGGCAGAAGACCAUCUAUCACUUUGGUUUCAUGUCUUGGGAGAUGGUUAAACUGUGCUAAAGAUGUUGUACAGAUUAGACAAUGUACUAAAUGAGAAGAGGAAUUCACUCGAGGAAAUUGGGUUGGGCAAUGAAAGAAAAAGAGAAUAAUGAAGAGGAAGGAAAGCAUAAUAAAUGAAAGAGGCAAAUGCAGACAAAUUGAGGUUAAGUAUGAUCUGUAUGGUUUGAAAAAAUUACAAAUGGCAUAGAGACAUUUAAUGAAAGGAGGAAAAGCCUUACAAAUAGAUGCUAUAAAUGAAACUAGAACUUCAGUACCAAGCUUCAAGUAUGCAAACCUACAAGUGACAAAGAACGAAGGGAAUCAAUAUUCUCUUCKUCUUACUGGAAAAGGAAAAGACGUAUUAUCUUUGAGUCUCUAGGAAAGUCUGCUGUUGGGAAGUGUGCGAAGCCCUAGAGCUCUGCUUAGCUACCUGCUGAGCUAGCAGCAGGGUGAGUAUGCUUUUGCAGUAAAAGGGAUUCUUAAUGGAUAACUGUAGGUAAAAAUUUCUCCUGCUUGAAGACAUCUGGCUUGGAAGCAUAGCUUAUUGCUUGGAUAAGCUACUUAGAUAUAGUGACAUAAUACAGUUAAGUGGAGUCUGUGAAAAAUGUAGUGGGAGCUGGUAAUGAGGAGCAUG